GUCCUGCAGCACGUUGUGCUACCAGCAGGUCAGGAAGAGGAGUGUGUUGACCGUCCUCUGUUGCUGUGUGAGCCAUUUAUUCACACUUACCUGGCCUUAUGGAGUGAGCCUGGCAAACUUUUUGUGUAGUCCUUGAGGAUCUCGCCCACAGCCGACAUGUCGGUGAACCGCUGUGUUUGUUUCAUUUCUCGGCUUCAGCGUCACUUUAACUCCCGGACUCCUCGCAUCACCACCAGCAGCUGUCAUGUGUCCUCUGGGUCUAGUUUGUUACAGGGACAGCAUCGACCCGGUACAGUGGUCUGGAGCAGGGAUGUUUCGUCUAACAGCUCCUCUCCGAAACCUCCGGACACCUCGUUGUUUGUCCCCGUCUCCCUGAAUGCAGACGCCUCGGCAGACGGCGUUGUGGGAAUAGAGCUCACUCAGCCGCUUGAUAAAAAUGAGCUGCUGAAGGUUCUGAAUCGGUUUUACAAAAGGAAAGAGAUGCAGAAGCUGGCAGCGGACUCGGGUUUGGAUGCUCGUCUGUUCCACCAGGCCUUCAUCAGCUUCAGGAAGUAUAUCCUAGAGAUGACGUCACUCCCCGCCGACCUGCACAUCAUCCUCAACGACAUCUGCUGUGGAGCAGGUCAUAUAGAUGACAUCUAUCCAUACUUCAUGCGUCACGCCAAGCAGAUCUUUCCCAUGUUGGACUGUAUGGAUGACCUGAGAAAGAUCUCAGACCUCAGGGUCCCGGCCAACUGGUACCCCGAGGCUCGUGCCAUCCAGAGGAAGGUGAUUUUCCACGCUGGGCCAACUAACAGUGGUAAAACCUACCAUGCCAUCCAACGCUACCUGGCUGCUAAGUCUGGUGUGUACUGUGGCCCCUUGAAGCUGCUGGCCCACGAGAUCUUUGAGAAAAGCAACGAUGCUGGUGUACCAUGUGACCUGGUUACUGGAGAGGAGAGGACUUUCGUGGACCCAGAGGGUCGAGCAGCUGGUCAUGUGGCCUGCACCAUUGAGAUGUGCAGCGUCACUACACCGUAUGAGGUUGCUGUAAUCGACGAAAUUCAAAUGAUCCGAGAUCCUUCCAGAGGAUGGGCAUGGACCAGAGCCCUGCUGGGUCUCUGUGCAGAGGAGAUCCAUGUGUGUGGGGAACCUGCAGCCAUAGACUUUAUCAAAGAGCUGAUGUUCACCACUGGAGAGGAGGUGGAGGUUCACAAUUACCAGCGUCUAACUCCUUUCUCAAUACUGGAUCAUGCUGUGGAGUCAUUAGACAACUUGAGGCCAGGAGACUGCAUUGUGUGCUUUAGUAAAAAUGACAUCUAUUCUAUCAGCAGGCAGAUCGAGGCCAGAGGGCAAGAAUGUGCUGUAAUUUAUGGGAGCCUACCUCCAGGCACCAAGCUGUCCCAGGCAAAGAAGUUUAAUGACCCUGAUGACCCCUGCAAGAUUCUGGUUGCUACAGAUGCUAUAGGCAUGGGGCUUAACCUGAGUAUAAAACGCAUCAUCUUCAACAGUCUGGUGAAGCCUAACGUUAAUGAGAAAGGGGAGAAACAGAUGGAGACCAUCAGCACUUCUCAGGCUCUGCAGAUUGCUGGUCGUGCUGGGAGGUUCUCCUCCAAGUUUAAAGAGGGAGAAGUUACAACCAUGCACAGAGACGAUCUCCCCGUCCUCAAAGAAAUACUCAGUCACUCUGUCGAUCCUAUAGAGACUGCAGGACUCCAUCCAACUGCAGAGCAGAUAGAGAUGUUUGCUUACCAUCUGCCCGAUGCAACGCUGUCCAACCUUGUUGACAUAUUCGUCAGCCUCUCUCAGGUGGAUGGUUUGUAUUUUGUUUGCAACAUUGACGACUUUAAGUUUCUGGCGGACAUGAUUCAGCACAUACCGCUUAACCUGAGGUCACGCUACGUCUUCUGCACUGCUCCCAUCAACAAAAAGCAGCCUUUUGUAUGUACCUCCUUCCUUAAGUUUGCCCGUCAAUUCAGUCGAGACGAACCCCUGACGUUUGACUGGGUCUGUCGCCACAUCAGCUGGCCUCUGGCUCCACCUAAAAACAUUAAAGACCUGGUUCACCUGGAAGCUGUCCAUGACGUGUUGGAUCUCUACCUCUGGUUAAGGUAG